UUUAGCUCUGGCCUUCCGUUGCGACAUGUUUACUCUGAGGCGGAGGGUGCAGAUAGAAGAGCGGACACGGAACACGUCCGAGGAGAAUAUCCAGCAGGAGCUGGCACAAUGCCAGUCAAUGUUGCAGAAGUUGGACCAGGCCUGUCUGGACACCAGGCACAAGGAACUGGUAGAACACUUGCAGAGCAGUCUAACAGUCCUAGCAGCAGCAAUUGAACGGGCAACCACCGCAGCAGAGAAACUAGGAGCCGUCCAUCAGGAGGCGCGCAUGAGCCGGGCCACAGAGGUGAUGGUGCAGCAUGUGGAGAACCUGAAAAGGCACCACCUGAGGGAGCACACGGAGCUGGAGGAAAUGAAGAGGCUGAUCCAGCAGAAUUCCCGUAACCGACAGCUGGCAGAAAACCGGGAUGAUGGUGAGCAGAAACUGAAGCAUCCUACAAUGCGAAUGUUCCAGCAGGGAUCAGCUCGUAGGCGAGUCAGCAUUGCAGUUAUUCCCAAACACUUGAUGCAUUUUCACAGCCCUGAAAAUGGCCACGGCUCUGAGGGAGAAGUAGUUAAACCAACAGCAGUCAAGGAAGAAAGCCCAGAAAGACAACCCCACUGCCCCCAGGAAGACUCUGCUGAUAAUUCCUUUCUCCUGCACGCGGGAUCUUCCAGCUUCUCACACCAGAGCCUGCAGAGGUCAAGCAGCACCGAGGGCGACAUAGACAGAAGCCACUGUACAGAAGGGAGGGAAUCAGAGCUGAGGAACAGAAGCAGCAUCGGCAAGACUGUAGAAGAAGAGCCCCAUGAAGAAUCAGGCAGCGAAGAGGUGAACGGAGAGUGUGAGGAACUAGAGGACAAUGCCUGCCUCAGGUUCAAAGGAUCUAAAAUGGAGCUCUGCAGAGCCUGGUUCUCUAUGCCCACCUACUACUGGGUUUUGUUGUGGCUGUUUUUCCUUGGGAUUGCUUGCCUCGUUCUGAUCCGGAUCCUAGAGUUGCAGAAACAAUAUCCAUUUACAACAUCUGACUCCUAAGCACAGAAGAAACAGAGAAACUGUGCCAGGACUUUGCACCACCAACAUC